CGCGGCCCCUUCGACAGUGAAGGAGCACUUCCGGGGUUGUAGGAGCAGCUCGUCGGCAGCUGUGGCGGCGGCGAUGAUCUAAUCAUGUCGGAUAAAGAUGAUAUUGAGACUGAAGCAACUCCCACCCUUGAAAAUGUGGACUCUGAGCUAGCCAAGAAUUCUGAGUCUGUUGAUCAAAGUGCCAAGCCGGAGAGUAAACCAGAACCUGUGGUUUCUACUCGGAAAAGACCAGAGUCCAAACCUUCCAGUGACCUUGAGACUUCAGAAGUUCUCCCUGUUGAGGCAUCACAGGCUGCAGGCAAAGAGACUGUUUCCAAAGAUGAACCCCAGACCGGAUGGGGCUAUUGGGGCAGCUGGGGCAAGUCCUUACUCUCCUCAGCUUCAGCUACGGUAGCCACAGUAGGACAAGGUAUUUCAAAUGUCAUUGAGAAGGCAGAGACUUCCCUUGGAAUCCCUAGUCCCAGUGAAAUUUCAACUGAGGUCCAAUAUGCAACAGGAGAGACAAAUGCCAAAGAGAAUGAAAACUCCCUAAUGACUGGACCAUUUGGUGUAUUCUCAACCAUCUCUACUGCUGUUCAUAGCACAGGAAAGAGUGUUAUCAGUGGGGGUUUGGAUGCCUUAGAAUUCAUUGGGAAAAAGACAAUGGACGUAAUAGCCGAAGGGGAUCCUGGAUUUAAGAGAACCAAGGGUCUGAUGAACCGGAAUUCUACACUGUCGCAGGUUUUACGAGAGGCGAAGGAGAAAGAAGAGCAGUGGACCUCCGAUGAGGCCACCACGGACGCGGACAAGAAAACUCAUUACGGGCUGCUCUUCGAUGAAUUUCAAGGCCUUUCACAUCUAGAAGCUCUGGAGAUGCUUUCCCAAGAAAGUGAAAUAAAGGUGAAAUCUGUCCUUAAUUCUCUAAGUGGAGAAGAAUUAGAGACUCUAAAACUUGAAUUGGAGCAACUCAAAGAAGCAUUUUCUCUAGCAGAGUUCUGUGAGGAAGAGGAAGAAGAGGAAAAAGGGGAUGAAGACUUUACCAAAGAGAUAACAGAGCUGUUUUCCCAGCUGCAUGUCUCCUCCAAGCCAGAGAAACUUGCCAGAGCAAGAAAUACAGCCUAUGAAUGGAUCAGAACGUCUCUGGCCAAGCCAUUAGAAGAGAAGGAAGAAGGAGAAAACCAGUUGGAAGGAGAAAAAACUGAGCAAAUCAAUAAAAAUUCAAUAGAGGAUAUCCAUGCAUUUGCAAUCCGGAGCCUAGCGGAACUGACUGCCUGCUCAAUUGAACUGUUUCACAAAACAGCGGCUCUGGUUCUGCAUGGCCAGAAGCAGGAAGUGACAGCCAUAGAGCGGAGCAGAACCCUUUCCCAGAUGACACUUGUAUUGUGUAAAGAGUUGUCCUGUCUGUCUAAAGAGUUCACCACCUACCUAACAACUGCUGGGGCAUCAAAUAGUGCUUCCUAUAUUCAGGAUGCCUUUCAACUACUCUUACCCGUGCUGGAGAUCUCACUUAUUGAGAACAAGACUGAGUCACCAGAGGCAUGAGUUGCAGGUCUAGAGGCCUUUGUCAGAACAUUGAAGAACAGAGAAGAUUUGACCUGAGACCUGUGAUGGCCAAGAAAUGCCACUCUAUUCUGGGUACCCUUGUGGAAGUGAGGGAGAAGGUUAUUUUAGUAUAUAAACAUUCAGGCAAGAAAGCAGCUUUAUAGGAAGUUUGUUGCUUUCACUGCUUGGCUGAAGUAUUCAAGGUUCUCACACUGCUCUUCCCAGUUUUUAUAAUUAAUAAAUUAUUUGAAGGGAAACUUUUAUAAGAACGUUAAAAAAUAAUAGCUCUAGGUAAAGGUUAGUGGUACACUCAGGCAAAAAUAUUGGUCUUUUUUUUUUACGAUUGACACAAAAUGCUAACUUUUGUCAUGGAUAUGAUUUUGCAGCCCAUGGAUAUAAUUGGUUGUUAAGCAAGAGAAAAAGAACUUAGUUUAGUAUUCUAGAAUUCACAUGCUUGAUCUAUUAAUGUCAUGUACUUUCUCCUUUCUAUAAUAAAAGCUAUGGCUCUAAAAAAAACUGAGUAUAUAUAAACUCUGUAAUGAUUACCCGUUAUGAUAUGAAUUCUUGGAAUUGGUUAGAAAGUUUCAUCUGCUCUUUAAUUCUCAGCAGAUACUUGGCAUUGAGGAGAAACUUACAGAACAUGCUGUAGCCACGUGAAUUAACUAUAGCAACGUGCCCUUGGGCUUCAGAUUGCUCUCCCACCCCAAGAUGACAGGCUCCAAGUUGUAGCUGACCCCCAGUCAACUGGGUUCAAGACCAGUAAGUGCAAUUUUGAGAGGUAGUUGGCAUGUUCGCAGAUAUUCUGAGCCUCUCCAGGAUGUCUUUCGUGUAUACCCCAUGUGCAGGAUAAAUUCUGUAACAGCCAGCUCCAAAGGAGUGUUGAAGCGCUUUUAGUAAUGGGCUUUUGUUGUUUGAAUAUUGUUGAGAUGGCUUGUAGAGUCCCAUAGAAAUGAUGUUCAUUGAUAAUGGGAUUUAACCUGUAAGACACAAUAUAUUUUCGUUAUUCCAUUUUUUUCUGCUUUAAUGUAUUCUUGAGCACAUUUGUAAAUACUACUUUUAUCCUUCGGAUCUUUCAGCCUUCUUUUUGCUCUCUUCAACAGUUUAAGAGACUAAAAGUGUAUCGUCUUCCUAAAAGCUAUUUUGGUAUUCACUCUUUUUAGAAAAAGUUCUCCAACUUUGUUGUUUUUAAUAAUUCAGGUAACUUUUGUGAGUUCUGCUACUCAUCUUCUAAAACUUUUAAAUAAAAUUUAGUAAUCAUGUCAAUUAACCUUUUAUUUUUCCAAACGUGAGUCCCAAUAUCUUUCUCAGACCAAAGAAAUAGCAAAAUGAAGCUAUUAAAGCUAUAACAUAGAUCGAUAUCAAGACUAUUUCUAUGUAAUUGCCCUAUUUGGGGUAGGGGGCGAUUUGUAAGCGAGGAGAAAGAUAAAUAGAUUUGGCUAAAAAUGUACACCUACAGCACUAAAAUGUUAUUCUCUUUAUAUUCUGUUCUAAUAUGCUCAGAAAAGUCCUCAAGUAUUUCUUUUUAUAGACAAAUUCCUCCCUUUGCAAAGUGAGUAAUUCUGAAAUUUCAGAAAAACGGUUGCCUUGUGGUUAAUAAAGCUGGUGUCUCAGUCCUGA